AUGUUUCUUUACAUGCUUAGGAACACAGUUCGAAACGUAAAACGUCUGUACGAUGUAAAAUUAUUCUUAAAAGAAAAUUACUCAAAGGGCAGAAAAGAAGCAGAACAUGAUGAUGCUGCUGUUUUUAAUUCACUUUACAAUUCCUCCCACUCGGAUUUAUUUUUUAAUGAUGUAAACAUUUGCGUGGAAAGGAAAAGUGUGGAAGAGAAGAAUACUUUACUUUUCAAUAAGGUUCGAAAUGACAAAAGGCACAGAAAGAGGGCCUUUCAAAAAAGGGGUUACUGGAAGAAGAUGCAUUACUUCAUGCGAAAGAGUAACAUGAUGAGCUUCGCAUUCAAAAUGCAAAAUAUAGACUACGAAAAGAUGAAAAAACUAAAAAGGGGAGAAGUAUAUUCCACCUAG